UUUUGUUCCGUAAUUCUUGCGUUUCUUCGUGCGUUCGAAAUGGUUACAAAUAGUGUGAGCUUCUCACCGACCCAUCUAUCGAGGCUCCUACUUAUUGUACUGUACGUGUUGCCGAAUCAUCUGCCCUGCAAGGCAACGGACCCAAGAAUAGUGGGCGGCUUCCCUGCCAACAGUGUUGUUACGAGGCAUCAGGUGUCAGUCCGCAACAAAGCAACCGACCAGGUCUCGUUCGGACGUGGUCAUAUCUGCGGCGGAAGUCUCAUUACCAAAUCCACAGUCCUUACGGCCGCGCACUGUCUUGUGGACAAUAAUGAUAGACCGCGGUCGGCCAGCUACUUCCGAGUAGUAGGCGGCAAUAUUGCUCGCAGCUCCCAAACGGCGACAACGUUCGUUACCGACGUGACGCGGAACGUCGUGCACGCCAAUUACAACCCGUCUGGAUUUCUCAAUGACGUGGGCAUGCUAAUCUUAGCCAAACAGGUGCCCGUGAACCAUGCGACUUUGCAGCCGAUUACGCUGGCCACCAGAUUGCCAGCGAGUGGCACGGUUUGCCAAACAACUGGCUGGGGCAGCACGUAUUAUGGAGGUUCCUCAACCGAACAACUGAUGGCCGUCAACGUGUCCAUCAUCGCUACCGCCACCUGCAAUGGACGGGACAGCUACGGCGGCUCAAUCCGUAGCGGUAUGAUGUGUGCCGGCAACUGGAGUGGUGGCCAGGACGCUUGUCAAGGUGACUCCGGCGGUCCUCUUGUGUGUGACGCGCUUCUGGUCGGUGUGGUUUCACAUGGUAUCGAGUGUGCACGGCCACGAUUACCUGGAGUGUACGCUGACGUGGCGUACUAUGGCGACUGGAUUGCACGGAACGGUGUCGCAAGCAGUUGGCCAAUGGUGCAGCUACCUUUGUUGGUACUGAUGGUUGGGUCAGCAGCUUUAGGUCGCCAUUCAGUCACAGUUCUCCAAUAA